GAGGGAGGAAACACCUCAGACAGAAAGACCUGAAGUUCGAGGCUCGAUCUGCGCAGGCGCAGUUAUCAGUUGGCCAAGAACUUUAUCCCCUUUUGUGCAACUGCUCCGCGUGGUGUCCAGUUUUGCCUUUUCAAAAUUCUGACUUUCCUCAACUGGAGAGCAUCAAAGAGGAGGGAAUGGCUUCUUGGCGCAUGAAAGUCAAAUCAGUGGCAUCAGUGACAUUUGAGGAUGUGGCUGUGAAUUUCACCAGAGAGGAGUGGAAGUGUCUGGGGCCUGCUCAGAGAGCCCUCUACAGGGAUGUGAUGCUGGAGAACUACAGAAACCUGGUCUUCCUGGGGCAUCAAGUUUCCAAACCCAGUGUGAUCUCCCAGUUGGAGCAAGGAAAAGAACCCUGGAUGGCAAAGAGAAAAAAUCCAGUAUUGGAGACUAAACCUGAAAAUAAGAAGUCAACUCAAAACAACAGCAUUUCUGAAGAGGUCUCAUCCCAGGAAGUAAUAAGGAAAAGACUCACAAGGGGUAAAAAAUUGAAAAGUAAUGAUUCAUUAGGGAACCUUCAGAAGGUACAGGAGAGAAAUUUGAGUCAGAAGACAUUGCCCAAAAAUCAAAUCCUCACUGGAAAUAGAGAUUCUGAAUGUAAUGAAUUGGGAAUAGAUGUGAGUCAGAAUUCGGACCUUAUUAUACAACAAAAAGUUCCUAAAGGAGAGAGUGACAAUAUAAGUGGAAAGAAGCUCAAAUGUCAUUCAGACACAAUUAAAUCAAAGAAAAUCCGUACAGAGAAGAAGCCAUAUGAAUGUAAAGAAUGUGGAAAAGCCUUCAGGUGGUGUGCAGAAUUCACUCAACAUCAAAGAAUUCAUACUGGAGAGAAACCCUUUGAAUGUAAAGUAUGUGGAAAAGCCUUCAGAUGGUGUACAGACCUCACUCAACAUCAGAGAGUCCAUACUGGAGAGAAACCCUAUGAAUGUACUAUAUGUGGGAAAACUUUCAGAUGGAGUACAGAUCUCAUUCAACAUCAGAGAACUCAUACUGGAGAAAAGCCCUACAAAUGUAGUGAAUGUGGAAAAUCUUUUAGUCAAAGAACAAAUCUUACUAGACAUCAGAGAACUCAUACUGGAGAGAAACCCUUUAAAUGCAUUAAAUGUGAGAAAACUUUUAGCCGGAGUACACAUCUUACUCAGCAUCAGAGAAUACAUACUGGAGAAAAACCCUAUGAAUGUAAUGAAUGUGGAAAAGCCUUUAAUCGAAAUACACACCUUAUUCGGCAUCAGAGAAUUCAUACAGGAGAGAAACCAUGUGAGUGUAAUCAAUGUGGAAAAUCCUUCAGGUGGACUACAGACCUUUCCCAACAUCAGAAAACUCACACUGGAGAAAAACCUUAUGGAUGUAGAAAAUGUGGGAAAGCCUUCAGUCGAAGUACACAUCUUACUCAACAUCAAAGAAUACAUACUGGAGAGAAACCCUAUGAAUGUAAUCAAUGUGGAAAAGCCUUUAGGUGGCGUAUAGACCUUACUCAACAUAGAAAAAUUCAUACUGGCGAGAAACCCUAUGAAUGUAAUGACUGUGGAAAAGCUUUCAGUCAGAGCACAAACCUUACUCGACAUCAGAGAAUCCAUAUUGGAAAGAAACUUUAGUAUCUGAAUGAUUAUUAAAAAGAUGAAGCAAAUAUUUUAUUCAGCAUUUGAAAAUUCAUUACUACAGGGAAACCCUAUGUGCAUAAUUUAUAAGGAAAACUCAUAUAUAUGUGUUUCAAUAAGCACAAUGGGAACCUUGAGAAGGUAGUGAAUAAAGGCAAGGUUCAUUUAAGGCUGAUUCUUUCCUUAAUUAAAUAUUCUUAAAUCAAAAUAUCUCAAAUUGUUUCUAAAAUUGUGUAAAGAGGAUAGAUUUUAUUCUCUUAAUCACUGCCUUUGAAAAGCCUAUUCUUGUUCUUCUUCCUCUUGGUUAAAGAGAGAUGUGAACUAUAAGAGUCUAUAGGUAUCCAUGAUAUGAGCUUUAUGGAAUUUUAUCCAGUAUUAAAAUCAGAAAAGAAUAAAUGUUCUUGUGAAUGACAGAGCCAUGUUUUGUAAAACCAAACAAGGAUUCAGACAAAUGCACAAAAGAUUCGGAGAACUGAAAAAUACAGAAAAACAAGGCAUGCUUACACACUCCUGCCAUAGAAAGGCAGAAAUGCCAACUUGUAACAUUGAUAUAUGUUACAAUCUUUAAAAUAUAUGCCUGCUCUUUAUAGUUUUUUUUAUCUUUGCUCCAUUCCUGAGUUAAGGAGUAGAGAAAUUUGCUAAUAAAAAUCAUUACAAUACCUUUUUUUCUCUCUGAUCUUGGAGAGUUUUUGUAUCAUUAAAAGAAAAAAGAUGGGAAACAACCAUUUUACUAAGGAGUACAAUUCCAAAUGAGAGAUUACUCUCUUCCUAAUUGCUAGAUAUCUUUCUUGAAUAGGGAAAACAGCUCUUUAUUAACCCAAUCAAAUUGGGUUCAUUGUUCAUCUUGUUCAGCUCGUCUUGUCCAGGCCAAACUGAACUGAAAGAGUGGGAAUUUUGGCCCUUAACUCCUCAGUACAAUACAUUUCCAUUGCUGCAGAUUUCCCUUCCUUAGUCUUGUUAUUUUCCAAUUUUUCAAUGAAUAAAAUGUUGUUUUAAAAUGGGAGCAUCAUGUAUGAUCUGAUUUUGUUUUAAUGGAAAUGAGAGUAGCAUUUUAUUUCAAUGGAGAUAAGAGUAGCAUAAAUAUUAAUGUUCAAUAUCUUUCCUGUUUAUCCUCUUCCUCUCCCCCAUGUAGUCUUCUGUUAACCUCUUCCUUUGGCCUCUUAAUAUUCCAAAAUUGCUUCUUUCUCUGAUCUCCUUUUUUCUUUCUCUAAUAUAUUUCUUCUAAUAUGAAGAGUUUAACAAAGAAGAAAAAUUUGAAAGAGAAGAGAUAAGAAAGAUUUAAAAAGUAUGUUAUUUUCUGGAGUUAUAUUCAAUCUGUUAUAUUUCAUUCUUCUUUCCUUCUCCAGCUUGUGCCUAGAAGAUAUCUAUCAAAUGAAUGAGUUUAGGGGCUUCCUGAAGAGCUCUCAUCUGACACUAUGGUAAUGAGCAAACUUUGCCUCAUCAUUCCUUAGGCCCUUCUAUUC